AUGCGGAGCGCAGUAAACUACAGAAAGCAUUAUGCUAAGUUAAAACUAACUCUUGAAGUAAAGUUUUACUGUGCUUCAGUCGUUGACUUUCGAACAAGAUUGGAAUUUCAUGGUGAACGUCGCAUUUGGGAUGGACGCUUCAUCAAGAAAGUGAUUAAAGGAAACUCAGCUCUUUAUGUCUUUGUAGAAGAGGAUGGGAAUUUCGGAGAAUCAGAGGUGGUGGAGGAUUCGGGAUAUGAAUCUUCCAUUAGAGAGCAGUUAGGAACGAAACGUUCAUUUGACCAGAUUACGACAUGUGGAGAGUUGAUAAGCAGUGAGAGCCCAGUGAAAAUGUCACUAUCAUCAAUAGAUGGUCCUGCUCAACCAAGCCCUGAAAAGCUUCCUGUUGUAAUUUCUACACAUGAUGAUCCACUUGAAAACAUUUCAAGUCAUUCAAAUUUGGUAUCAGGGCUGGCUGAAAAAAGUGCUGAUCAAAGUGAUGUUGAGUUAUCAAAUGAAAGACCACUCAUGAAUGUGCAGCAAGAACUUGUGGCACCAAGUAAUACAAUAUUAUUCCUGCAUAAUCCAUUACAGCAGUCUCUUCCAAUGGGAGGAAUCCCGUUUAUUGUGUUUCCCACUGCUGGAGGGAUUCCUGUUGCUCCAGCACCAACAGCUGGAAAUAAUGCCUUAAACACAGUACCUGCUCAACAAAGCUUGGAGAUGCCAAUUUUGCCUACCUCUAACAAUCCAGGGUUGCAAACAGCGCUACAAGCUUCAACACUUACCCCUCAGCUACAGAGCUUACAUAGUUCGAGUGCAUCUUCUCAGCAACCACAGAACAUAGUUACUUCAGAGGCAUCGCUUUUAGGAAGUUUCGAGGCCCUAACAACUGUGGACACCACUGAAAUAUCGCAGCAGUUGUCUUUGACAGGGGCAGAAGGUGACAGAACUGAUUUAGAAGGGGGCCAGCAGGAAACAGAAAACCUCAAAUCUCCUGAUCAGGAAGAGCCUAAUGUUGAGAAAACUGACUCUUCGCAAGUUCCAGAGAAAGAGUCAGCAGAAGCAAUUGCUGUGGCUGGAGACCAAGAAAGUAGUGGACUUGCCACUCUUCAAAUGUCUGAUAUUGAGCCAAAAUUUAAAAUUGGUGUUCAACACUCCUUUAAAAAAAUCUCAGUCCCCUCCCUCUAUUUUAUUGAACAAGUUCUGAAACAACAGGCAAUGGUAUUACUUAUCAGCCCUUUUCCAAUGUCCAGUAAAUUAUUGCUUCAUCAUCAUUAUGAUACUAGAAAACAGUUGCUUUCUAAAUUGCAUCUUAAAAUUUCAAAAUCUCUCUCUAGAUCUAAGCUAAAAAUAGAAAUUUUAACCAUAUUCAAUUCAUUACAUAUUUUUAUUCUGCAGCCACUGCCAUCAGAAGAUUCAGGAUUUGGAACAUCAGAAAAGUUAGAAGAAAACACUUCUCAGGCCAUACAUGUAGCUCUAGCUGGUGCAGCCACGAGAGGGGACACUUAUGCUAAAAAUGUGAUGUUGUUGAAGAAUGAGGAAUUAGCACAAAGGGAUGGUAAAAUACUUAUGCCAACCACUAUUGAGAUGGCAAGAAUGAGAAAGACUGGACAGUAUAAAAAACAGGUCCAGUUCUCAAAAAGCAUGUCAGAAGAUGCAGUGAGGAAAAAAAUUCAAGAAACAUUUGCCUUUGACUUAAGUGUAAGGUUUUAUUGCGCAUCAAUCAGUAACACGGAUAGUACUCUUCAAUUUCACGGGGAUCCUCGUGUAUGGGAUGGAAAAACAAUAAGAAGAAUCCUAAAGGGAAAUUCAGCCCUUUACAUUGUUAUGCCAAUGCCUGCAAAAGAGAACGGACUCGAAAUGCUUUCGAAGGUCGCCUCAGCUGUAAAGGGUGGAUCGUCAUUUGUCUUAGUUUUUGGGCAGGCUCUUCCACCAGAAGUAGAGUCUGCUAGGGCAGAUUUCGGAAUGAAGACUGUUGCUGGCUUGAAAAGAAUUAAUACUUUUAAUUUGAUUGGUCGAAUUCCGGCAUCUGAUGCGCCUGGUAAAGUAAUUGUUACAGUGCACUCUUCGACUGGAAGAAUUCUCGGAAAGACUGAUUUCUACUAUUACGAUCGAGAUAGGGAAACACUGUUACGACUGGUUAGAGAGCCAAAAUUACAAAGUGAGUUUUUCUGUCAUUGGGCUGAUUUUAUGGUUGAUAAAACGAAG